AACCAUCCCAGAAGCCGCGAGUUCUCGCGUUCACAUUGAGAUUUACAACCCUGACGUCAUCCUCACUGAGUCGCUCGCGAGAUUAGAGAGUGGGUGGCACGAGCGGCAAGUUUUCGUCGAGCGCAGCUUCUGAGAGGAAAACAGACAUUGAUUGCCCUUGGUUUUGUCGGGUGCUGCCGACAUGAGCGACCCAGACGGGGUCGAGAGGACCCCUCUCCUUGAAACCCACGGCCUCACCACACCCGACUGUGCUGCCGUAGCCCCGGACCCUCCCCCGUGCCUGGAAACAGAGGCGUCACAGGUGAUGGCGGAGACGGGUGAGGGGUGUUUCGAGGCCGUCGCGCUCCCACCACCCCAGCUUCCAGAGGAGGAAGGCGCACCUCCAGCUGGUCCCCCAGAUCCAGGCUGUGCCGGUACGUUCCAGAUCCGAGACGGUGGGGAUGGCGGUUACGUUGCGCCCGAAGCGAGGCUAGAGCCGGCUCCGCCUCCUAGGGAGGGCUUGGAAACGGCGUCUGUGUUCCUGGCAACGGACGACAGCCUGGGAAAUGGCCGUCAGACUGUAGAGCCGCAGGGCUCGAGUCGGGAGAAGGCGCUAGAAACUUAUGGCGCAGAGAAGUUGGGGUCUGACUUGAUGUCGGAGGCGAAGGCUGAGGAAGCGAAGACUGAGGAGGGCCCCGUCUUCUCAGUCGCAGUGGAUGAGGAGGUGGUGGGGAAGGAAAGAGCGAAGGAGGAGGAGGGAGUGGAGCAUGGAAUGGAGGUGGAGGAGAGGCCAGUCGGUGAAGAAAUAGAAAUGGUGGAGAACAGAGUGGUGGAGGAGGCGGGGCAGCGGCCCCUGCGUAUGGAUCUCCGCAUGAACCCGCUGGAGGCCAUCCAGCUAGAACUGGACACUGUGAACGCCCAGGCUGACCGGGCCUUUCAACAACUAGAGCAUAAAUUCGGGCGGAUGCGUCGACACUACCUGGAGCGGAGGAACUACAUCAUUCAGAAUAUCCCGGGCUUCUGGGUCACUGCCUUUCGGAACCACCCCCAGUUGUCUCCUAUGAUUAGAGGCCAGGAUGCAGAGAUGUUAAGAUACAUAACCAAUUUGGAGGUGAAGGAGCUCAGACACCCGCGAACAGGAUGCAAGUUCAAGUUCUUCUUUCGGAGAAACCCGUAUUUUCGAAACAAGCUGAUUGUCAAAGAAUAUGAGGUCAGAGCCUCUGGCCGAGUAGUGUCUCUUUCCACUCCAAUCAUAUGGCGUCGGGGCCAUGAACCCCAGUCCUUCAUUCGCAGGAACCAAGAGGUCGUGUGCAAUUUCUUCACCUGGUUUUCAGACCACAGCCUUCCAGAGUCUGACAGGAUUGCUGAAAUUAUCAAAGAGGACCUGUGGCCAAAUCCACUGCAAUACUACCUGCUGCGUGAAGGAGUCCGUAGAGCCAGACGUCGCCCAUUAAGGGAGCCCGUGGAGAUCCCCAGGCCCUUUGGGUUCCAGUCUGGUUAAACUUUGCCAUUGGAAGGUUCCUGCACAAAGUCUCUUCGCCGCCUAAUGGACCUGUGCUUGGACAACAGAUACGGAUAUGUCUUCUAACCGCCCCCCCCCCUCCCCCCGCCCCCAUCCUUUUUUUCUCUUAACAUUUCUGGAGCCUUUUUUUUCCUCUGCAAGAUUGAGACAGUCAUGGCCAUGCUCCUUCACUUCCACAUGGCCUUCGUGCUUUUCUGCAUUAAUAUCACAUGCUGCAUGGCCCAUGAUUCAUACCACUCCUAAGUAAGCUUGUUGAUGUAAAUUUCAUAGUCUUUAUCUGCACUACUUGGACCCUGUUUGUUCCCAGAGCCUCCGGUCUGACUCAUACCUGGAGGUACUUAUCUAGGAGGCCAUUCUCCCCAUCCUACUCUGCAGCACAGGCAUAUAGCCUGUGGAUAACUGGGCAUUAAUGAUAUCAAGGGAGAACUGCAGCGGGCCACUUGGCCUGUAUGAUUUAUGUGACUCCAUUGCUCUUCUUGCACCUCUGGUCACCUACUAUUGCUGCCUGCUACUGGCUGUGCCAUUGACUGCUACCUACUGGAUGGACAUCUAGAACUUUGUCAGCCCCACUCUGGUUUCUGGUAAACAAUCUCCAGGUUUCCUGCUAGCACUCAGAAGACCCUUCCAUUCUUCCCAAAAGACUUCUCCUCUAUUCCUCAUCGCGCCCCCCCCCCCCCCAUCAUCCAGAACCCUGUUAACUGUCAAGCAAGUGGUUGAGGUGACAAGUUAGACUUCUUAUGGCAGGUUGGCCUAAGGAUGGUGUCCAAUCAAAGUACCAGGCUUUCUCAGUCUCUAGUGAAUCACCCAAAAGCUGGGUACCUCUUUGUGCCUCUUUUUUUCAUCCUGAGCGUAAUUAAGUGCCAGGGUGGCAGUAUACUUUCUUGGUUGUCUCUCUCUUAAGUGGUAGCUCAUAAGUGUGUGCAAAUCAGGUCUUUUAGUUUUAAUUUGGCUCUCUCCAUUAUUUCAAGGAACAGGCUGUCUUGUCUAAUAGAUUGCCAGAGCUCUUAUUUUUUCUGCUCUCUUCUGCAUCCUCCACCCCCAUUAGUAACAUCUAGAGGAUUUAAAGGGAGACAGAUUUAGAUGAGAUGAAAAGUGCUAUUUAGGCCAUAAUUGAUGGAAGAGUUAAAGAUAUUGUUAUGGGUGCCUAAAGCAGGAGGAACUGAGCAGAAGACCACAGAUAGGCAAAAAUGAGCCGGGUUAAAAUUGGGCCUAAAAUUAAGACUGAGAGUCUUCAAGGAGGUUCUUUGUUAGUGGUGAUGGGAGGAGAGGUUCCUUUCCCAGGAUUAACGUGAGAAUUGAAGGGGGUUAGAAUGUUAAAUACAUUACUUAGAAAAGAGUUCUGUAAAAAAGGCAACUGAGUGCUUUCUCUUUUUUUCAUUUGACUUAAUUUAUAAGGAGGGUUAGUACUGUGUGCUUUAUUUCACUAGUAUUUCAUGUUAUUUUCCCUUGUUUCUGGUUACUGGGAAAAUUGAGCUAUACAGGCUUUAUUUUGCUUUUAAUUGAGAACAUUUGGAAAAAUAACGUGCUAUUUCCCUGUAUGAUAUAGACACUUAAAUGAAUAUCUAUAGUGAAUUUCAGCUUGUUUCUGUUAAUAAUUAAACUGUAUCCUUAGAAAUAUAAUUUGUGUAACUUGUUCUUGUCAUAUUCUUAAUAUUUUGGAAAUUGUUGUCUUCAUGAAAAAGUAGCCUACUAAAAAUAUGUGGCUUAAUUGUCUUAACUUGAUAAUUCGCCUCCUUAACAGCUUAGUAAUUUAUGUGUCUUUUCCUAAAUAGCAUAAAUACUUGUGAAGUUGCUCUGCCAAAUUGAAAGUGUACCAUUGCUAUAUUUGUCUUUCUUUAUAUGCAUGAUGGUAAAAUAAAAGCAUGUUACUUGCUGGA